AUGUUAAGUGAGUUUUUUUUUGUAGGUUUCUGUGCAUAUUUUAAUGUUGAUGAAAAACGAAUAAAAGGCCUGUAUGCUGCAGACUGUUCUACAUUUACUACUCCCUGUCCUACACGAUAUCAUUCGACUGAAGCAUUUAAGUAUCCUGCAUGUUAUGAUCUUACUAAGGUAUAUGUAACUGUCGCUCCGAAUCCUAGUCCUACAACCAUGUCAACCAACUCCAUAGUCGGAUCUUCUGAAAGCAUGAAUAAAAAGACCAAAAGUAUAUCUGUUGACAGUGAUGAUAGCCCUGUUUUACCAAUUAUCCUGCCUGUAAUUAUUAUUAUCAUCCUCAGCGGUAUUGGAAUAGGCAUAGGAAUUGUAGUAUGGAGAAAAAGGAAAAGACCCUCACAGACCGAACAAAGACAGGAUCUCGAGGAAGGAACACUUUCAUUAGAAAAACCAGAAGAUACAGAAAACGAAAAAGAGAGAGAGCAUAAUGCAUUGAUAGAGGAAUUGAAGAGGCAAUAUGAUGCACAAUUAAAGGAAAUGUCCAGAAAAAUUGAAAUAUUACAAGAUCAGCAAGAUCUACAGGAGAAAGACAAGACAGCUUUAAAGCAGAAGGUGAUAGAGAAAUAUCAGGAAUGCAAACAUCUUAAUAACAGACUACAGGAGGCAAAGGGAAAUAUUCGGGUACUCUGUCGAAUAAGAGAUUGUGAUGGCCCAAAGUGCAUAUCCGCGGACAGCAAGGUUGUUAAACUGAUCGAAACUGAGAAAAAGUACACUUUUGAAAGAGUUUUUGGAGAAAAAAGCACACAAGAGGACGUUUACAGCGAAAUACAAGAGUUAAUCAGGAGUUUCCUUGAUGGAUACAACUUGUGUAUAUUUGCGUAUGGACAAACAGGGUCUGGUAAAACAUACACCAUGGAGGGAGCGAACUGGAAUAAUACAGCAGGAGAUGCAAGCCUAGGGAUAAUACCCAGAGCAAUGAAACAAGUGUUUAAAGCAAUUGAGGAUCUGAAAGUUUGUGGCUGGAAGUAUCAUUUAAAAGCAUCGUAUAUGGAACUCUACAAUGAAAAAAUUCGUGACCUAUCAAAAGGUUUAACUGAUAAUGAGGAACAUUUAGUCAGGUAUCCAGAUGGAAAUAAGGGCAAAGCAGAGGUCACAAAUCUUACUGAAAAAGACGUUUGUAACGAACAAGAGGUAUUGAAAUUUUACGAGAAAUGUUCAAAGAAUAGAACUUCGGCAAAAACGGAGAGAAAUGAAAGAUCUUCUAGAAGUCAUGCUAUAUUUAGAUUAGAAAUGACGGGAAGAGUGGAGGAUGUAGAGGGCAGAAAGGAUACCUGUUCAGGUACACUUACCCUAGUAGAUCUAGCUGGCAGUGAGAAGCUAGCGACUUCUGUGACAAGUUCUACAGGUCAAGAAACGAAAAAUAUCAACCUUAGUCUUUUGGAACUCACUAAAAUUUUACGUAGUCUUCGAUCAAAGGAUGCUUUAACAUAUAGAAAUUCGAAACUUACGUACCUGCUGAAAAGUUCAUUGGGAGGCAACAGUAAAACACUAAUGAUUGUAAAUGUGUCCCCGUCUAUUGAAUGUCAAAAUGAAACACAAAGAUCUUUGGACUUUGGGAAGGAGGUCAGUAAAGUUGUACUCGAGAAUGUUCCAAAGAAGAAUAAAUAAUCAGAUUAAAUGUGUCAUCAACUUUUGUGA